AAGGGCCCUGCUAGGCACCUUCACGCUACGCACAGAAACUGUAAUGCGUUUUUGCUUUGCUGAUCACCUGCUGACGGGGCAAUUUGAGGCACAACAUAACUAGUAACAUAGCGGCCCUACUUGCGAGAGUUCCGUGACUUAGUUGCCAGUUGAGGAUCGAAACGCUUAAAUAAACAAUGCUUAAAGGAGCCGGGGAAGCGCAAUUGCGCAAGCAGCAGCUGCCUUGCGUGCGGACGGCCCAUCGCCUAGCUUGCCCAGUUAGGAGGACCUUUACAAUUCGGGCCAGCGCAGCCGUCGCCCUUCCCCUGCAAGAUUGCAGUGCGAUUCAGCAGCAGGCAGCUGAGAGGCAAAUUCAGCAGCACCCGGCGGCGCGCUUAGUAUCAGUUGGGCAAGAGCUCGUGGCGACCUGCGCAGCCGUAACUUUGGCAAAGGCUGUUCUCCAGCUUGUUGCUGUGUAUGUCGAAAAGGCGCGAGAUGUAUUGACUGCUGCUCUUCCGACUAGCGGACGCUCCAAACUGCCCGAGGAUGCGCGACAGCAAUUGAUGAACAUGCGCAAGCAUACCCGGCUACUGGCGUUCGUGCUGCCCUUUGCAAGGGCUUUUGCAGCUGAGUCCCUGACUUCCGUGUACGCUCGCACUUUUGAGCGUGCGGCUUUCGGAUUCGCCAAGAUGUACCUCUUCUGCCUGUUCAUGCGCGUGCUGCUGUCCUGGUUCCCCUCCAUCGACUGGAACGCGCAGCCCUGGGCCUUCCUGCGUCUGAUCACGGAGCCCUACCUGCAGAUCUACCGGGGCAUCCUGCCGCCGCUGUUCGGGCAGCUGGACUUCACACCGCUCUUCGGCUUCCUCAUCCUGCAGGAUGUCGUGGAGCUGAUGUCCCCCGUGUACACGCUGGGCCACGCGCGCGAGAGCUCCAUGUUCUGGACCACCAGCGACGUCAUGUGCUACUUUGAUGGGCACUAAGGGAGGAGGCAGGAGAUGGGAGGGGAGGGAAGCAGCAGGCGGAGGGGAGGGGAAGGGAGCAGCAGGCGGAAGGCGGAGGCCGAGGGGGAUAGCAGCAGGUGGAGGCGGAGGAGGACAGCAGCAGAGGGAUGAGGACGAGGAGGGCGCAGGCAGGCAGCAGCAGCAGCGGCAGGGUAGCGGUGGUUGGAUUUGGAUAAGCAAGAGCCGCCAGGGAAGGGUAGCAGCAGCAGCGGCGGCAGCACCGCCAUCCAGUUAAGCGGCGGUAGCACAAGAGGGCCGAGAUGAGGGAUCACAGUGCGGCGGCAGCGGCAGCACCGCGGCCCGGAAGCGCCUCAGUUGGGCAGGGGCCCGUCAGUUGGGCAGGGGCAUGCUCCCCGUGCACGUAUCGCGGCUGCUAUGACGGCAGCUGUGGCAGCUGCUGUUACUGCAGUGGUGCUGCUAUCCACGUAGCAUCAAAACAGCAGCAGCAACAGCAGCAGCAGCGCGGCAGAAGAGGGCUGCCGAGCAGCAGCACGGUGUAAGGGGCCUGCCUAGCUGUUAGCUGCGAGGCUGCAGGUGUUGGGGCCGACAGGAGUUGCACCCGCACCCCAGCAGUAGCAGGCAGCAGUGGAAGCCAGCAUGUGGAAGCCAGCAGAGGAGGAGCACAGACGACAAUAGCCGUAAUCGGGCUUGCUGCGACGGCUGCUGCUGCUGCAGCAAUGGCAGCGGCUGGCAGUGGGCUCGCCCGUUGCGGCCGCUGCAUGUGCCCGCUCGCUGCACCCAUAGCUGCAGAGCGGCAGGAAGCGCUUGCACUUGCUGCCCCUUCGGGUAGCGCGGACCCGGCAGGGCCGUUGCUACUGGCGCUGCUUCUCGGUUGAGGAGCUGUGGGGACAGGAGCCAUAUGGUCCGUCCUUGUGACACGAGUUUCCUGGCUGGUGUGGCUCUGCUGCAUGGUUUUGCACAGACCGAAGAAGUACCCGGUAGUCAGCGGCUUAUCGUCGUGUGCUAAAGAGGUCCUGUUACACUGACCCAUGGGUCGGCAGGGACGCAAUCACACCUCCCUACUGGUUCAGCAGCCGCGGUCCUUCGUGAUUUCCAUUGCUUGUGCCAUGCUGCGUGCAUAUCCUUUUUAGCGCCGAACGUGCUUGGUAGGCAUGCCGCACAUGGCGUGUCAGCCGUCUUCUUGGUGCGGCGUAGGCGUGUUGCUGUUCUCGGUGUGGUACUGUGAUGCAGACCACAAGUAGAGAGGUAAUCGGGAGGAAUGUGGAGGAGCCCUUUGGGAAGCCGAGAUGGGCUCGAUCCACGCAUGGAGCCCUUUGGGAAGCCGAGAUGGGCUCGAUCCACGCAUGGAGCCCUUUGGGAAGCCGAGAUGGGCUCGAUCCACGCAUGGAGCCAUGGCAAGGCAGGUUUAGGGUUUGCAUGUGGUUCAUUUUGAUGCCUGUGGAGGGAUUGCCUGCUGUCGUGGUGCUAGACCUUACAGCAGGGAGGCGGGGGCGAGUUGGGAUAAGGACGUGUUUUCUGCAUGGCCCGCAUUGGGUCCGUUGUUGUACCGCUCUUACUCCCGUUAUAACGUUUACGUUGCUUGCGCUUUCGUGUUCGUUCUGGUUUCGGCCGUGUUGCAGCCGAUUCUUUUAGGUGGGCAGAACCGUUGUUGUUGAUGCGGAAAGUGUUUUCGGACGCGUACGGAUGCAGUAAAGUGUCUGCGUCGAAUAAGACGUGGGAAGGAUGAGGUGUCGUGGAGGACAUUUGACCGCUUGAGGAGGUUAGGUGGGUGGGUGUGGUUCUCUAAGCGGCGCGCGCGGGCGUGUGUAGUUUUGGACUUCCGUACACCUGCCUGCGCGCGUGCUCUGAGCGACGACUCCUGCUCGUCCUCGUCUCAUCGCCUUCGAGACGUGAAAAGGUUUUUUAUACGAUGGUUGUCUACCCAAAACACGGCAUGGAGAGGAGGUGUGCAAAACUGCAAAAGCAUACAUG